AUGGAGACUGGCAGCUACACCUCAGGUAUAUCCACCACGGACUGGACUGGGACGCCAGCCGGCCUUGAGGAGAAUGGGGUCUAUCUAGAGCAAGGAGGGGCGUCAUCCAGCGGUCCCUUGCCAUGGCACAUGCCAUACUCGCUGGGCUUCCAGGUGUCGCUCACGGCCUUCCUCAUGCUGGAGCUUGUGUUAGGUUUUAGCAGCAACCUGACUGUGUUGGUGCUCUACUGCUCUCAGUCCAACUUGGUGGACUCGGUGAGCAACAUGGUGACAGUCAACCUGCACGUGCUGGAUGUGGCGGUCUGUGUUCUGUGUGUGCCCCUCACACUGGUGGUUGUGCUGCUGCCCCCGGGACCAAACCUAGCCCUGCUCUGCUGCUUUCACGAGGCGUGCGUCACCUUCGCCAGCAUCGCCACAGCCAUCAACAUCCUGGUUAUCAGCCUGGACCGCUAUGACAUAUCAGUGCGACCAGCCAACAGGCUGCUGACGACCCGCAGAGCGGCGCUCCUCCUCGCCGGAGUCUGGAUCACCUCAGUCGCUGUUUUUUUUAUCCCAUUUUUGGAGGUGCAGUGGUCUAGUACAGAGGUAACAGAGGAGGCAAAGCAGGUCACACCCUUGUCUUUGUCCCCACAUGGUGUUGGUGCCACAGUGGUCCCAUCUUGGCGUAACAGGACCCUCCUGUGUGUUGGUGGUCAGGGUUACCAUACUAGUCUGGGUAUGUAUUACCAUCUGAUCCUACAGGUACCUAUCUUCUUCACAACUGUUGCCGUCAUGUUGUUUACCUACUCCAAAAUACUGAGGGCUUUGAACAUUCGCAUUGGCUCCCACAUGAGGAAGACCCAGCGAUUCAAGGGGCGCCACAAGAGACAGAAUAAGAAGAAGGCAGGGCUUAGAGUGAAUGAUGACGGGGACCAUACAGGGGAACAGUGCACAGUCGAUGGAACCAAACAGCACAGUCACCCCCCCCUCAUCCCUUCCCCUUCCCCAACCCCAACAGCUACCUCCCCCCCUGCCCUGUCCUCUGCUGCUCCACUGGUCACCUCUGAUUUGGGAGCGGCCGCUCCCCUCCCUGCAUCCAUGGGCGUCCAUGCCUCGGUGUCAGCAAUAAUUGCCCUGCGCCGCGCAGUUCGACGGCAUCGAGAUCGACGGGAGCGCCAGAGGCGGGUGUUCCGGAUGUCCCUCAUCAUCAUCACAACCUUUCUGGGAUGUUGGGCUCCCCUCUCUGUGACCAAUGUUCUCAUCCUGGGCAUCGGGCCCAGUGACGUCCUGGUCAGCCUGCGGCUCUGGUUCCUGGCUCUGGCCUACGGCACCACCGUGUCUCACCCUCUGCUCUAUGCUUUCACUCGACAGAAACUGCGCCGUGCCCUCCGCGCCAAGGUUAAGAAGAGGGUGGUGUCUCUGCUCCAAGUAGACCCUUCACCCGGGGGUACAAUAAUACACAACUCCUGGGUAGAGAACAGAAAAACCAGCCGUCAGGUGAGGUUAGAAGCAAGUGAAGGUACAGACCGCCACCUGGCAGAGGCCCUGUGA